AAGCGACGGGAGCGCUGGCAGGAGGAUGAGCAUGCGCGCUUUAUCGAGGCGCUCAAGCUGUAUGGCCGCCAAUGGCGCAAGAUUGAGGAACAUGUCGGAACUAAGACAGCUGUGCAGAUUCGUUCUCAUGCACAAAAAUACUUCAACAAGAUUGAGAAA